UACUGCCGCAAUCCCAAUUGCCUCACUUUCCUCUCAGAUUUUCUUCACACAUCGAUUCACCAGGACUCACUCAUCGGAUCUACCCCUCAGGCCAGUCCCCCCCAAGAUGAAGUCUUGGCCGCUCCUCGCCGCCACCGCCGCCGCCCUCGCGCGUGCCCAGUUCUGUGAGCAUCAAUGGCAGGGUCAAUUCGCCAAGCGCGAGGACCAGCAACCGCCCCAUCUCCAGCUCCAACAGCGACAGACCACCACGCCGCCGCCUCCGCUGGAGAUCAGGCCGCUCAUCGUCAACGGGCCGUCCGAGAACCGCGUCGACCUCAUCUUCUUUGGCGAUGGGUACACCGAGGGGGAGAAGGACAAGUUCUUUGACGACGCCAUGGCCCUGGCCACGGAGCUGACGGACGGGAGGACUUUUGCGGACGUCCUGCCCGUCAUGAAUUGGUGGGCGGGCUUUACGGCUAGUAAUGAGAGUGGCAUUGGAGUUGGUGGCGUACCGAAAGACACCGUAUACGGCCUCUACCGUGACGGCACCGAGCUCCGUGGCGUCUAUUACGACAAACCAGAUGUCGCCAGGGCCGCAUGCUCCUCGACGACUGCGUGCGACUACCCAAUGCUGCUCGGAAACGAUGACCUCUAUGGCGGACUGGGCGGUGAGUUCACCGUGACGACGGCAUCACGCGUCAACGGGGCCGUGAUCCUCCGACAUGAGCUAGGCCACAGCAUCAUCGGAGUGGGCGAGGAAUACGACGGAGGUGAAGUCUACGGCGGAGUGAACUCGGCGCAAAACGGCGACGACGUCCCCUGGAAGUCGUGGUACAGCGUCCCCGAGAAGGAGCCCGACCUGCAGCGCAGCAACAUGCCCAUCCAGGGCUACCCAUGGACGCUGUUGAACACCACGACGGCGUGGAGCACGAGCUUCCCUAGCGCGGGCACUUACGACAGCUACUCGCUCCAGUUUAGCAUCAGCGGUGUCUCUGCGACUGAGGAUCUGAUGGUCACGCUUGACGGGGAGGAUGUCGGUUGGAAGUACAAGGAGGGCGUCGGACUGGACCGGAUCAUCUACCGGCUGCCGUUUCGGGAUGCGAAGCUAAGCGGUGGAAUCCACAACCUGACUUUUGAGCUGAAGAGCAAGGAGCUCGAGGGCACGGCGCAGCUGUGCAACUUCCAGGUGCUGGAGUAUGGCGCCGCUGAUGAGCAGUUCAACUUCACCAUCGGACACCACUCUCUCUACCCAACCUACAACAUCCGCAACCAGACCACAUACCGUCCGACCAACGACCUAUGCCUGAUGCGCGACGUCUACACGUCCGAGUUCUGCAACGCCUGCAUCGAGGGCCUCUGGCGCGCUCUCCUGACGCCCCUCACGCUCAUCGACAACGUCACCCAGACAGCCGCUGACUCAUCCACCCCUGGAUCGACCCAGGUCGAGCUGGCGCUGCUCCCACUCGCGAGCCUGCGAAAAAUACCAAACAACGCGACAGAAAGCUACGUCAUCACGUGGUUUGGCGAGGACGACUCGGUCGUCUUGGAAGAAUGGGCGAACAAGACCACUGCGGUGCUGGGGCCCGACGUCGGGAGCUUUGGCGUCGAGGUCAGGUUUGUGAGCAGCCAGAUCCGAGAUGAUCCACAGGGCGUGACACGGCAGAAGGGGAGGUAUAGCGUGCAGACGUGAGCUAUUCCAGCCAAGGUCGGAGUUGAGGGUUGCCGAAUUUUAGCUGUGGAGACUUGGUCGGCUAAUAACCGAGCCGAGCAUCGGCUGUUUGUCGUUGACAGUUCUUUUUGAACGUAUACCUAGGUUAUAACAGAACUACAAGGUAAUAAUUGGCAAACAGGUGGACGAAUCGUACCACAGCCCCACGUCAAA